AUGAGAUUGUAUAGGAAAACUGCCUUUGGUCCAUUGUUGGAUAUAGAUCUUGUUUUUAAUGGACAACUUUUACACCACAUUUUGUUAAGGGAGGUAGCGGAUGCAAAUCCAGACAUUAUAUCAUUUAACAUUCUAGGGAAGAAAGAUGAUUUUAACCUGAUAACUAGGUUGUGGCUAACCAGGGAAACAUUAGAAAGAGAAACAAACGGUGAAAGGUUGCGAGAACUCAUUAUUAGACUGAAGGACCCAAAUGAAAAGGAUAGUUCUUGCAAGGAUGUGGUGACUGCAUUCAAGAAGUUCAAUUUCACUAAUGACGAAGAUGUUGUCAAGAUUGCAUUGGCACUAUUCAUUAAAACAGUGAUUAUUGGAAAAGACAAGAAAACCCAAUUCGAUGUGAAUAUAUUUGAGAUUGCCGAUGACCUUGAAGUCUUUGUACAUUACAACCAGUCUUCUCUCUUUUAUAAAGUAAAUUAA